AUGGCGACCACCACCGUUACUGCAACCACGUCCAAGAAGAAGGCGGCCGACCUGGUGCCUGAGACCGAGCGGUACCUGCGCUGCUGUGCUGAUAUCGCAAACGCCCUGAUCGAGGACCAUGAGGCGACCAAAGAUGGCCGUGCCGGGCGCGACAUCAACUUGAACUCUCUCAGGGCCAAGCUCUCCAAGAAGCACAAAUUGAAGAACAUCCCUCCUCUCACGGCCAUCAUUGCGGCGAUUCCCGAGCACUACAAGAAAUACAUUAUGCCAAAGUUGAUCGCAAAGCCAAUUCGAACGUCAUCUGGAAUUGCGGUCGUGGCAGUCAUGUGCAAGCCUCAUAGAUGUCCUCACAUUGCUUACACGGGCAAUAUCUGUGUCUAUUGCCCUGGUGGUCCAGACUCCGAUUUCGAGUACAGCACCCAGUCCUAUACCGGAUACGAACCAACGUCAAUGCGAGCGAUCCGAGCACGAUAUGAUCCUUUCGAGCAGGCAAGAGGCCGAGUGGACCAACUCAAGUCGCUGGGCCAUUCAGUAGACAAGGUCGAAUACAUUAUCAUGGGAGGCACAUUCAUGUCCCUACCCACAUCAUACCGCGAAGAUUUCAUCUCACAACUGCAUAAUGCUCUCAGUGGCUACCAGACAUCGAAUGUCGAUGAAGCAGUGGAGGCUGGAGAAAUGAGCAAUAUGAAGUGCGUGGGAAUUACGAUCGAGACUCGCCCCGACUACUGUCUGCAGCCCCACCUCACUGAUAUGCUGCGAUAUGGAUGCACCCGUUUGGAAGUCGGUGUGCAGUCUCUCUACGAAGAUGUGGCAAGAGACACGAAUCGAGGCCAUACAGUAGCAGCUGUGGCAGAGACUUUCUGCCUGGCCAAGGAUGCUGGCUUCAAGGUAGUGAGCCACAUGAUGCCGGAUCUCCCCAAUGUGGGAAUGGAGCGCGAUUUGGACCAGUUCAGAGAAUACUUUGAAAGCCCUGCCUUCAGAACCGAUGGUCUGAAGAUCUACCCUACUCUUGUCAUUCGCGGCACUGGUCUGUACGAGUUGUGGCGAACUGGACGCUACCAGAACUACACGCCUAAUGGUCUCAUUGAUCUCGUCGCCAGAAUCAUGGCUCUCAUCCCCCCCUGGACUCGUAUCUACCGUGUUCAACGGGAUAUUCCUAUGCCUCUAGUUUCAUCUGGUGUCGAGAAUGGCAAUCUCAGAGAGCUAGCUCUGGCCAGAAUGAAGGACUUUGGAACCACUUGCCGAGACGUACGCACUCGAGAAGUCGGCGUGAACGAGGUGAAGAAUAAGAUUCGUCCCAACCAAAUUGAGUUGGUCCGAAGAGACUACACUGCCAACGGCGGGUGGGAGACCUUCCUCGCAUACGAAGAUCCCAAGCAGGACAUCUUGGUCGCGCUCCUGCGACUGCGCAAGUGCACAGAGAAAUACACAUACCGAGAGGAACUCACGGGUCAGCCAACUAGUAUGGUGCGUGAGCUCCACGUCUACGGUACAGCUGUUCCGGUGCAUGCCAGAGACCCUCGAAAGUUCCAGCACCAAGGUUUCGGUACGCUGCUUAUGGAAGAGGCAGAGAGAAUCGCCAGAGAGGAGCAUGGCAGCGAGAAGCUCAGCGUUAUCUCUGGCGUUGGCGUUCGAAGCUAUUACAAGAAGCUUGGGUUCUGGCUGGACGGACCGUACAUGAGCAAGUGGGUUGAUGGCAGGGAGCAGCCCAAGGAGUAA